AUGCUUGGACGACCAGUGUUCAGGCCUGGAGGUCUUACGCGAUAUAGUCGACUAGCCUCAUCGCCGUGGCCCGCAACUACAGCUUUACGGCCGAGGACGCCUAUUUCGCCAAUCCUGUCGCGUACAGCAGCCUCGGAAGCUGGUGAGGAUGACUCUGGACACAUCAAAACCGAGCGAAAUGAAGGCAUCUUCUUCCUCGACAAUGUCUUCCCACUCAAGUUCCAAUGGCUCAGUCGCAUACCCCUACUCAAUUGGGAGCAGCAAGCCAUCAAUGCCAUGAGCAGGAUCGACCAGCCAAAUGCCGCUUUCGCCAGCCCGUUGAGCAUAGUCCACCGCGCUUUCCCCGAGACACUGCCAGUCAAAAUCACGGAAGUGCUGCCACGCAUUCGCGAAGGAGGCGCGUUCGUCAAGUUCUCCCACGACGCAAACAUCGAUGUCUUUGAGCUGGAAGGCACUUUGCGCAAAUAUAUGCAAGAGAAACCCAUCCGACCAUGGUUCAAUCCACUCCGUCGAGUACGCGCAUUUCUCGUUCGAGGUCAGCCCUGGAUCGAGGACCUAUACCGUCUGCCGAGCUCGAGAAUACGAGUCGAGUUCCUGCCGACCUCUCCAGAAGCAUCUGCAGCGGAGCUGACCCAGGAACAGAUCUUCACCUUAUUUCGCAAGUACGGAAAGCUAUUCAACAUCGAGCCACAGCCAUCAGACUCGAAAGUACUGCCAAAGUAUGCUUUGGUCGAUUUCGAGCGGGCGAGAUUUGCCACUAUGGCUAAAGCUUGCCUGCAUGGCUUCGUUUUGCCGGAGAGUGAAGGAGGCGGCAAGACAGGCACAGUACUGAAUCUGAAAUACGAGUCGCAACGAAAGUCAUAUUGGUGGUGGGACUGGAUGACGAACCAUCCACGAAUUGUCCUCCCGCUACUUGUUGCUCUAUUCUCCGCCACGGCCGUGGCAGUCUUCGAUCCGAUCCGAAUCUUUUCGAUCAAAACUCACAUCACCCAUGCGUUCGGCCUCGGCGACUACAAGGACUAUACUGUAGUCAAGUUCCUGAAGAAGUGGAUCAUGCGCGGCUACGAUGCGAUCACACUUCGCAAAAGAAGGGCCGAGGAUGACUCCUUUCGCAUCUUGUGGGAGGACCGACAGGAGACGGUCGAGCAGUUGAAGACAUGGCUCAUCGAAACAGCGGACACGUUCAUCGUCGUUCAAGGCCCUCGAGGCGCUGGGAAGAAAGAGCUUGUUCUCGACUAUGUGCUCAACGACAACCAUCAGCAGAAGAUAGUCGUUGACUGCAAGAAGAUUCAAGAGGCACGUGGCGACAGUGCAACUAUAACUGCCGCAGCGGCUGAAGUCGGCUACCGUCCCAUCUUUUCGUGGAUGAACAGCAUCAGCAGUAUGAUCGACUUGGCUGCGAUGGGCACAAUAGGUACCAAGACUGGAUUUUCGGAGACGCUCGACCAGCAGCUAUCUAAGAUCUGGAACAAUACUGCCACCGCUCUGAAGGAGGUGGCUUUGUCGCACCGGAAGAGUGAUGACAAAGACGCCAAUCUUGGUGACGAUGACUGGCUGGAAGCUCAUCCGGAAUGCAGGCCGGUAGUCGUUGUGGACAAUUUUUUGCACAAGUCAAACGAAACGGGAGCAGACAUGGUCUACGAUAAGAUCUCGGAAUGGGCAGCACGACUCACUACAUCGAAUAUUGCUCAUGUCAUCUUCUUGACCACGGACGUCUCCUUCAGCAAGUCGCUAUCAAAGGCACUCCCAGAUCGUGUCUUCAGAACAGUCACUCUGGGAGACUGUACGCCUGAGGUAGCCAAGAAGAUGGUACUUCGUCAUCUCGACGCAGAUGGGGACGACCAUGACAAGAAGGACGAUUCGGAGGAGAAGAAGCCACGGCCAUCCGAAUCGCGAGCAGACCUGGAUGAGCUGGACAGUGUUAUUCAAGUCCUCGGCGGCAGACUCACAGAUCUCGAGUUCUUAGCACGGCGGAUCAAGGCCGGCGAGUCUCCCGGAAGCGCAGUUCAGCAAAUUACCGAGCAGAGUGCUAGCGAGAUUCUAAAGAUGUAUCUUCUAGAUGCCGACAAGAAUUGGUCACCUCAACAAGCCUGGAUCCUUAUUCGAGAUCUGGCAAACAACGAGAAGAUCCGAUAUAACGAGGUCCUUCUGAACGAUGCCUUCAGCAGCAAGGGCGAGGAAGUGCUACAAGCCCUCGAACAGGCCGAACUCAUCACGAUCACCUCCCAGAACGGCCGGCCGAACGCGAUCAAGCCUGGCAAACCCAUCUAUCAGGCAGCAUUCGAAUACUUGCGCGAGGACGAUGUUCUGCGGGCACGGUUCGAGCUUGCAGUGCUGACCGACCUGGCUGCGAAGGAGGCUAAGACGAUCGACAAGUGUGAGGCAGAGUUGAGGAUCCUCGCAGAGUUGCCCAACGCAAGCGAUUUGAAGCCCCGAGUAUUCUACUUGCUCCAGAAGGUGCUCGCCAGUCAGCAGGCUAUCGAGAAGUAUGAGGCGAAGAGCGGAGGGUACAAGAAGAUCCUGAAGGAGAAGUACUGA